UGUAUUGACUCUAACACCUUUUCGGUUAAUAAAUAAAUAAUGAUUAUUUCUUAGAAAUCAUACUGUCAGAGAAGUAUCCAAUGGUCGAGAAUAAUCGAGUGGUGACCAGAGUGGAUAAGAGGAUCGUGAGCGGACAAGAGGCCAGCAUUGAGGACUACCCGUACCAGGUGUCGUUCAUAGUGAACAAGUCCUACUUCUGCGGAGGCUUCAUCGUCAGCGAGCGUUACAUACUGACAGCUGCCCACUGUGCCCAGAAUGUCGACCCUUCAACAGUCGUCUUGAGAGCAGGCAGUUCAUACCGCACAAAUGGCACCUUGAUACCCAUAGUGGAAAUAGUACCGCAUCCAGAGUACGACAACCCACCCUUUGACAAGGAUGUCGCUUAUAUAAAAACAGCAGAACCUUUAGAGUUCAGCGAGACCAUGAAGCCCAUUGCUUUACCCGAGUUAAAUAGACCUGUUAAGGGCUAUAUGGAAGUUGCUGGCUGGGGUAGAUUAGAGCAAGGUGCCAGCACCAUACCAAACAGACUGAUGAGCGUGUCGUUACCAGUAGUUAACUAUUGGCAGUGCAUUUUCUCGUACCCAACAGUUCUGACCAGGAAUAUGGUGUGUGGCGGAAACUUCUUCUUAGGAGGGAAAGGGACUUGCCAGGGUGACUCCGGUGGUACAGCUAUUCAAGAUGGACUGGCUGUCGGAAUAGUUUCCUUCGGCAGAGGUUGUGGAAGUGCCCUGUCUCCAAGCGUCUUCGCCAACAUCGCUGCGCCGACGAUCCGUAACUUUAUUACUAAGAAUACUGGAUUGUAAAUGUAGCGGAGAGGAACACCUGCAGACCAAUCAUAAUAUGGAUGGAUAACGUGGUAUUUUUAUCACGUUAUCUCCCAAUAAUCUGAUUGGUUUAUUCUUAUACGUACAAUAGUUUUAGCUAACUUAGAAUAUAGAGAUACUUUUUAGUAUUUCAAAAUGAUCAAAAUCUAUUAGGUAUAAUUUGUCAGAAAUUUCAAUGUUUAGAAGUUUUCAUAAAACGAUAUCAAAAUGUCGCCAAAUGAAUUUCGAUGAUUCGAUAGUAUUCGAUUAUUAUUUGUGCAAGGUCAUAAAGAAUUAGUGCCCGCAUAUAAGCACUAAGCAGAAUUUCUGUUUGGUUUUAAUUACUAUUAAUGAUUACAUAAAAAAUUAUGUUAAAAUUAAUAGCUAUGUUUCUUAGAAGCGCACAACAAA